AACACGGGGGCGUACGGAACGCCAACGGCCCCGAUUGGAUUGGAGCCGCGCAUACUUUUCCCCGUCCCAAGAUUUUCUCCGCCUGCGACGACGAUAUCUCUCUCUAUAUCGCCGUAAGGAACGAGGGGAGGAGAGAGAAAGAGGAGAGAGAGAGAGAGAGAGCGCGAGGCGUCGUCCUCAUUUUCCAAAAUUAGGGCUUCAAUGUCGUCGUCGUCGUCGUCGUCGUCGUCUUCGUCUUCGUCGUCUCCUCUCUCCCGCUCGCGUACGUGGAAACCCUAGAAAUUUCACUACGAGAACGGGUGGGUUGGAGAUCGCCUCUAGAUUCUCGGCUUGCCCCGAUCCCUUUUCUGGCCAUGCGACCCUGGCCCGCCGAGAUCUCCGCCUCGAGAGAGGAAACCCUAGAUUCGAUUCAAAACACUAGCGUGUUCCAGAUCGUUCGAUUCGAUUGCUCCCAUGCCGACCGAGACUCAUAGCCCCUCCACCAGGGGGCUUCUCUGCAACGCCGUCGCCGGUGCCUCCGCUGGGGUUAUUGCUGCUACGUUUGUUUGCCCGUUGGACGUGAUCAAAACGAGGUUUCAAGUCCAUGGAUUGCCUAAUCUUGAGGGCAGCAGAGUUAAAGGAAGUCUCAUAAUUGGGAGCUUAGAGCAAAUAAUCCAAAAGGAAGGCGUGCGUGGCAUGUAUAGGGGCCUUUCACCAACUAUAUUGGCGUUACUUCCCAAUUGGGCGGUCUAUUUUACUGUGUAUGAGCAGCUCAAAAGCUUGCUUUCUUCAAGUGAUGGGAGCCACCAACUUUCUAUAGGUGCCAACAUGAUUGCUGCAUCUGGCGCUGGAGCUGCAACAACAAUUGCUACAAAUCCACUUUGGGUUGUGAAGACAAGGUUUCAGACUCAGGGAUUGAGAUUUGGAGUAGACGUAUACAAAGGUACACUGACUGCUUUGAGGAGAAUAGCCCGUGAAGAAGGCAUCCGGGGAUUGUACAGUGGUCUUGUGCCUGCCUUAGCGGGUAUCAGUCAUGUUGCUAUCCAGUUUCCAACUUAUGAGAAGAUUAAACUUUACCUGGCAAAGCAAGAUAACACUUCGGUUGAUUCAUUAAGUGCUGGUGAUGUUGCUCUUGCUUCAUCUAUCUCAAAAAUAGCUGCAUCGACAUUGACAUACCCUCACGAGGUGGUUCGCUCAAGGCUCCAGGAACAAGGGUUCCAUUCAGCGACGCACUAUACGGGCGUAAUCGACUGUAUAAAGAAAGUGUUUCAGACGGAAGGAAUUCCUGGUUUCUACCGCGGCUGUGCGACUAAUCUGCUGCGAACCACGCCAGCAGCUGUUAUUACUUUCACCAGCUUUGAGAUGAUCCACAGAACGCUGAUCGAUUUGUUCCCUCCUGAACCACACACGCAAACCCUCUAAUCUUUUAGGUUCUAUCCAGAAAAGAAACUGUCUCGGUGAGCCAGGGCCCAAGUUUUUGUUCAUUGACGUCUCUUGGGUGCACAUUUUGUUUCCAUUACUAUAUUUGCAUAGAUAAAAAUCAUAUGAAGUAGAGCAAUGAUUAAGGAAAUUAGCUCCAAAUUUGUUGAACUGUGAUAUGGAUUGAAGUAGGAUUGGCGGUUACACGGAGAACAAAGGAAUAUCGAUAAUGACGAAAAAUAUGUUUGAUAUAUGAUCGUGAUUUAUUUACUCUCUGGUCGAAUUCAUUUUAUAACUUAAAAAAGUGCUAAAUAAAGUAAUUUCGUAUUUA